AUGCCGUCCUCAGCUCCCCGCCCUCCGGUCUCAGGCCCAGACUCCGGCCCCGAAACCCCAUUCCCCAUCCGCUUCUCGGGGCCUGUGAUCAAGGGUUUUGGACGAGGGAGUAAAGAGCUAGGCAUCCCGACAGCGAACAUCCCUGUUGACGGAUUAGAGGAGGCCCUCCCGAAAGAAUUGGGGGUAGGCGUUUACUACGGCGUUGCUGCGCUGGACCCAGCUACGGACCCUUCAUCUGGGGACGGACAAGGAGGAAAUGAAGCAAAGACGCCGAUUCUCCCCGCCGUCCUGAGCAUCGGCUAUAACCCCUACUACAAGAACACGACGCGCUCAAUUGAAAUCCACAUCCUCCCAUCCCUCACAUCCCCUUCACCAACUGCGCCCGAAGAACAAAAAGUCCGCUUCCACAAGCUCCCCGACUUCUACGGCACGAAACUCAAUCUGCUGAUGCUGGGGUAUAUCCGGCCCGAAUACGACUACGUCUCCGCGGAAGCCCUCAUUGAGGAUAUCCGGGUUGACUGCGAGGUCGCGAGGGCGAGUUUGCUGCGCGGUGCGUAUAGGGUUUACUUAGAUGGGGAGGGGGAUGAGGGGGACGAGAAAGUGAGGGAGCAGAGGGCUUGGUUGAGGGCGUUUUGA